CUUUUGCAAGGUUUCUGUGUCAUACCGUCACGCAACAUUAAUUUCCUGAAGUUCAUAAAUUAUAUACGCACUCAUCCGAGCUUUUAGGGUUUAGUCUGCAUCUGUCAUCAUAUUUAUCAAUUAUACCUUUUCUUUUUAUCCUUCUCUCUCUAAAAACUUAGCUUUCCUUGAUUCGAGAAUUCUCUUUCGCAUUUCGAUUGUCAAGACAUUCGAAUUCCGGUGGAUUGAUAUCUGCAUCAGGACACGGUUGAAUCAUUUCAGUAAAAUAUUUCUUGACCUUCUAAUUGAUGGUUUCUUCUAUCAAGGUUUUAGUUUUUUAAUGUUAAGAGAGUUUGAAGAUGGAUUUAUUUGGAAAGAAUUUGGUUUUUGAGGAUCCCAGUAAAAGGGCAGGCAAGUCAUAAGGAUUGGUUUUCGGUGCUAGAUGCCAUAACUAUAUCUGUUUGUGCAUCCCUUACAGGAAAGUUUUUCAGACAUUCUGCUUCAGAAACAAUCAUCAAGAACAUUGCAGGAUUAAUACCGACGGGUAUUGCAGAAAUGGAUACUGGUCGCUAUGGUCUUCAGCAAGAAUGGGAAAAUAACAGUGCUUUGGAGGGGUAUGGAGCAGGCCAUGAGCCAAACAUCCGGGUUGGUGGUUCAUACGAUGAUAGGAGGUUUAUAGGUGAAAGAUUCUCCAGGGAUAAUAUCUAUUCAAGAAAUGCUUUCCACCGUGACAUACCGGAGAGGGAGAACUACCCCCCUUUGCCACCUGCAGGUGGUCUGUUGCCUCAAACCAGAAGAAGCCAUGAAGAAGAAUAUGCACUUGAGAAGGACUCUUCGCGUCAUGACAAGCUGUACAUUGAUUCAUAUCAUGAAAUGGAUAAUCUCCACGAAGCUGACAAGUGUCAUGAGAUUGAUGCAUUUCAGGAAUACGAUAAUUUUCGGGAUGGCUACCGCAGUGUCGACAGAUUCCGUGAUCAUAGAUUUGGUAGGCCUGCUAGGUUUGGGGGCCGUGACCAUGACAAUUAUGCUUAUGAUAAUUAUAAUGGCAGACCUCGGAUUUCCCAUCAAAGCAGGGAGGAUAGCCACGAAAGGGAUUACGAUUAUGGCAGGCAUAGUUAUGAUUCAGAUUAUGAUAGAGGUGGUCGGAAAGAGAGUAAUUAUAGGAGGCGUGAAUCCCAUGAACCUGAACAGAGAUGUUUGAGCCGGGAAAGAGAUCAGAGUCCAUAUAGAAGGCGUGAGCAUUCCCGGUCCCGUGGACAUGAUGAUCACCCAAGGUCACGGUCAAGGUCUCCUCGAUGUCGAAGUCAUCGAGAGGACAGCUAUGAUGAUGGUCGAUAUGAGAGGAAUGAGAAGCGAAGGGAUCGUCAAGAGCAACACCGGCACGAGCAUUAUUAUGUGGCCCCAUCUGCUACUGUUGUUGUGAAGGGUCUCUCACAGAAGACAACUGAAGAAGAUUUAUACCAGAUCCUCGCUGAAUGGGGACCCCUUCAACAUAUCCGCGUGAUAAAAGAGAGAAAUUCUGGCGCCUCUCGUGGAUUUGCUUUUAUUGAUUUUCCAUCUGUGGGAGCUGCUCGGGCAAUGAUGGAUGAACUUGGAGAUGAUGGCCUUUCUGUGGAUGGUAGGAAGCUUUUCUUUGAGUACAGUAGCAAGCCAACUGGAUCUUCUUUUGGACCAGACAAUGUGGUUAAAUCAGGUUAUUCUAACCAUAAAGGUAUGACACUGCCAUCUGAUUGGAUGUGCACCAUCUGUGGCUGCAUCAACUUUGCGCGGCGAAAAUCAUGCUUUCAGUGUAAUGUGGGACGAAGUGAUGAUGCUCCGCCAGCAGAUAUGGCAUCAUCAAAUCCUGCACUAGGGAAGAAAGGAGAGACAGGUCCAACACAUGUUCUGGUAGUCCGUGGACUGGAUGAAAAUGCUGAUGAAGAAAUGCUUCGUUAUGAAUUUUCCAAACAUGCUCCAAUUAGGGAUCUUCGUCUUGUCAGAGACAAAUUUACUCAUGUUUCAAGGGGAUUUGCAUUUGUACAUUUUCACUCGGUUGAGGAUUCUACCAAAGCUCUUGAAGCAACAAAUGGUACAACUCUUGAGAAGAAUGGGCAGAUUCUUCGAGUUGCAUAUGCAAAAAGCAUUCUUGGACCAGUAUCUGGAGCAUCCGGACCUUCUCAGUCAAGCAGUCUUGCAGCUGCUGCUAUUGAGGCAGCAACAUUUUCUCAACAGUAUGAUUCCGCUGGAUGGGCACCAAAAGAAUAUAACCCAGAUGACAAACAAUCCACUAGAGGGCAGGAGCAGGGUGGUGGGGAGCUCCCAGUUAAAAAAGAUGUUUUGGCUCAGAAAUCUGGUUUUGUGUGGGAUGAGGCAUCUGGCUACUAUUAUGAUUCUGCUUCUGGGUUCUAUUAUGAUGGGAAUACAGGUUUGUAUUAUGAUGGUAACAACGGGAUAUGGUACUCUUACGACAACCAAAAGCAGCAGUAUGUCCCCUGCACCGGUCAGAAUGACGACACAACAUCUGGAAAACAAACUGAACCUUCCAAGGCAUCUGAUGGUUCCAUAAAUAGAAAAGUAGUCAUCUCUGCACCAGCUGCUACAAUCACAUCGGCUGAAAAGGCUGCCUCAUUACCAGAUGUUGUCCAGGCUGCUGCCAAUGCCGCAAUAGCUGCAGAGAAGAAAGAAAAGGAGAGAGUAAAGGAGUUGAGACUUGCUUCAAAGAGUAGUAUUUUGGCUAACAAGAAGAAAAUGAAUAAUGUACUGACAAUGUGGAAGAAUAGGAAUCAUGAAGGGAAAGCACCCCAUGUGACUCUCGAUGACAAUCAGCCAUCUGGUUCUGCCGAAGACAGAUCCUAUUCUGCUGGUUCAUCCAUGAAAAGCAAGUUUAAAACUGAUGCAGUGACCACGAAGGAGCAUAUUACAUCGGGUUCUGGAUUUACCACAACCACACUUGCUGCUCAAUCUAUUGGUCUGGAGGCUCCGGAUAGGCCAAGGCCUGUGGGUAACAGUUCAGGCAGUACAUUAAUGGGAGUAAUUAGGGGCUCUGGAAGAGGUGUGGUGAAAUCAGACACAUAUUCAGGAUCAUCAGGGGAAACUUCCACCUCUUUAUCUGCUGCUUCACACAAUGCAGGUUCAUCUUCACUGACAAAUAUGGAUGUACCCACAACUGUGACGUCCUUUAGAACAGAUGCAUCUUCAUUGGGUUCUUAUGCAUCGCCUGUGGCUUCGGGAAGUGGUAAGAGGAGGUUUACCGAGAUGCCACUGCAGCCAGCUUCUACUCACAAGGAACAGCCACAGACUACCUAUAGGGAUCGUGCAGCUGAACGAAGGAGUUUGUAUGGUUCAUCGUCUUCUAUUGGAGAUGAUCUAACCAACCAGGGGAUUGGUGAUUCAAAUCGAGAUUUGGCAUACAAAAGGGGUUUAGUGGAUUCAAUGCCUUUUCCCCCUGGUGUUAGCGGAGGACGGGGUGCUGCGGAUGCUAAUAGCGGUGCUGAGAGUUAUGAGGUGAUCACAGCAGACAAAGCAAUUGAUGAGAGUAAUGUGGGAAAUAGGAUGCUCCGCAACAUGGGUUGGCAUGAAGGCUCGGGAUUGGGGAAGGAUAGUAGUGGCAUGAUAGAGCCGGUCCAAGCACAAACCAAGGAAAGUAGAGCAGGACUUGGGAGUCAACAAAAGAAGUUGGAUCGAAACCUUGUGGUGCAGGCUGGCGACAGUUAUCGAACCGUCGUUCAAAAGAAGGCCCUUGCCAGGUUCCGGGAGAUGUCGUAGGUGAGAGGUGGAAUAGUUGGCAAGAGCAGCUUCAGAGUUGGCAGUGACGAAAUGGUUUCUAUGUAGAUAUUUGCUUUUGGGUCAAGCUGCACCAAUUAUAGGCCAUCUCGUUACUCAUUCUUUCCUUUAAGCAAUGUGUUUUUUCUGGCACUUUUAAAAACCCAAUUUUUUUCCGGUGUUUGAAAUCUGUAUCUGAUAUGGUAAAGCCACAGUUUUUCAAUGAAAUAGUGUUUACCAGUCUUAUUGGAAGAGUCAUAUAAUGUUUUGUGAAAUUGUCAUGUACAAUGUAAGCUAACAUUGGUUUUGAUUAGUGUUUCAAGACAAUCUUGUUGAUCAUUUUCCAAA